UCUACCUCUGCCAUGUUCGUGUAACUCGAUUCUCAAGUUGUAUCAAGUUGUCUAUUGUCAAACGUCAUUGUCAUGUCACUUUUUGCGAUUGUUAAUUGUGUUAUGCAUUGUUAUGUGCGAAAGUGGUUGAGAGCUUGUAUUGAUGAUAGUCUUUAAAUAUGACGUCAAAUCCAGGAAAUGUGAAUUCGCGAAAUUCCCAUUUAUAUCAGAGUAGAGAAGAAUAUUUAGAAAAGCUAAAACAAUGGUUGGAUGAAGCAAGGUUAUGGCACGGAUUUUGUGCAGGUUUUCCAUACUAUGUAAAUUUGCAAAGCCAAACAGAAAAUAACACAUGGAGUCCUCUAUAUCCCGGUCGUUUAUUUGUUAAUAAUAAUUUAAGAAACCAAAAUAAUGUGCCAGUCUUUCAAGGUACUUAUGAAUUUGUGAUACCACCUCUAUGGAAGCGAAUCGUUGCAGAAUUUUUGGAUUUCCUGAUUUUACUUUUGAUAAAAAUGGUUGUUACUUUUAUAAUUAUCGAAACUUUUUAUGUAGUGAGCAUAGAAAAUUACAGAUUUGAAUCAUUCAAGAAGAAUUUGCAAGAUCCGAAAAUCGCUAUGCAAAUGUCUGUGGAAAUCCUGACUUUGGAACUUUUACAUCGAUUUAUUGUUUGUUGCUAUGAGGUUUAUUGGUUAAAAGGGGGUCCGUGUGCCACUCCUGGUAAAAAAUAUAUGGGUUUGAUGGUAAUCCAAGUUGAAAAUGUUGUACCUGUGCCAGGGAGAUCCGACGACGUAGUACGAGUGAGCCCGUGUUCUCCUCUUGGUCUCCAGAAAGCUAUUGUUAGAGCUGUUUUAAAAAAUGUUUUUCUUGGUGUAAUGUUACCAGUGUGUUUUACUCUUUUUGUAUUCAGGUUCAAUCGCACUGGUUAUGACGCAAUGAGCAGCAGUUUGGUUGUGGAAUAUAACCCACAAAUACAAUUCCAGCCUGUACAGUAAAUUAACAAAUACAUGAACUUGGUUGCUUUUAUUAAAUAUAAUCAUGCAUGAGGGAAUCAUUUUAAUGUUAGUUUUACUACUAGUCAUGAAUGUUGUGUAUUGUAUACUAUCGUGGUGGAUCUCAUCUGGAAUCAUUCCAUGCAUUGCUGACUGACGUUUUUGUUUUUCCGUCUUACAUUGUUCUAAACUGUUGAUAAUGUGGCAUUCUUUUUAUAUUCAUAUAUUUAAAAAUAUCUAUAUAUACCUAUAUACAUAUAUAAACAAAGUUGAAUUUU